GCUUUGUUUCUUAAUUUUUUUAUUUUUUUAUUUUUUUUUUAAUUUCAAACUGAACCUAUUUUAGAACUGACACCUCCUCUGUUAGUUUUCAUCUUUCAUUCGAUUUGAAGAAUACUUCUGAGCUCUGAGGAUCGAUCACAAGAAGAAUUAAGCUUUACAACUACUGUGCUCUGCUCUGGUUAAUUUGGCUAAUUGAUUAUCUUUAAUUCUUUACUUCCAUGAGUAGGAACGCGACAUCUGCCUCCGGAGAAGCUGGAUCAGCUGAUUCUCCUGCUCCACCUUUUAGAAGGCUCACAAAUCGACCCAAGUAUUCAAAAUUUACUCAACAAGAGCUUCCAGCUUGCAAGCCAAUAUUAACUCCAAAAUGGGUGGUCAUAAUAUUCACAAUCAUCGGCAUAAUCUUCAUUCCCCUUGGAGUUGCUGCUCUCUUUGCUUCCGGGGAUGUUGUUGAAAUUAUUGAUCAGUAUGAUACAGUUUGCAUACCACAAAACUACAGAGGCAGUCAGGCUGCUAUGAUCAAUUUCAUACAGAGCAAUUCAAACAAAACAUGCAAUAGAGCACUAACAGUUCCAAAGUUAAUGAAGCAGCCUAUUUAUGUAUAUUAUGAACUUGACAACUUCUAUCAGAACCAUCGAAGGUAUGUUCAGAGUGUAAGCGCUGCACAGCUAACUGAUCCUAACAGUGAAAAUAUUACAACCGGCUGUGCACCUGAAGACAUAGCGAAUGGAGCUUCCAUUGUGCCCUGUGGUCUUAUAGCUUGGAGUUUGUUUAAUGACACUUACAGCUUCUCUCUCAACAACCAGCAACUGCAGGUGAACAAACAGGGCAUUUCUUGGAAGAGUGAUAGGGAUAAAAAGUUCAGUAGUAAUGUGUACCCCAAAAAUUUCCAGAAUGGAGUCCUAAAAGGCGGUGGGACCCUUGAUGCCAGCAUACCAUUGAGUGAGCAGGAGGACCUUAUUGUUUGGAUGAGAACUGCUGCCCUUCCAACUUUUAGGAAGUUAUGGGGGAAGAUAGAGGUGGAUCUCCAAGCAAAUGACAUUAUAAAUGUAACACUGGGGAACUUCUACAACACAUACAGUUUUAAUGGAGAGAAGAAACUUGUACUUUCCACAGCUAGCUGGCUUGGGGGAAAGAAUGACUUUCUUGGCAUUGCAUAUCUCGCAGUUGGAGGGUUGUGCUUCUUUCUAGCCAUGGUCUUCACUGUUAUAUAUCUGAUUAAGCCAAGACGACUUGGAGACCCUUCAUAUUUGUCAUGGAACAAUCCUGGAGGCCGCUAAAAGAACUUGAUCAGAUUGGUUUCCCAGUUCUUAGACAUGGCUGGAUGUACCAUAUUGUGUAUUUAAUGACUAUCUAUGUAAAGUACUGGUUGGGUUGCUUGCAUCAUGUGAAGCAAAGCAUUCCAGUCAUUGGCAGUUUGAAUUUUUUGAGAGCUAGACAUACAUACAUAUGCUUGUAUAAUAUAAUAUCAAAAAAAAAAAAAAAUCUACAACAUUGCUAUUCUUUAAA